AUGUCUGUACCUCCUUCUUUUGGAUACAAUACCAAGUUCAACGAGUUGGUCGUGAAGCAUUGCAUGGCCGAACCAAACCCAGACUACGUCUGCAAAAUUGGACUUGUGCCGCCACUGCUUCUCAUCGUCAUUGGUUGCGUCUUUGUGAAAGGCUGCAUAUGCGUCGCAGUUCUCUCCAAACUCAGGCACGACUCCCUGGUCACUCCUGGUGACGCGAUAGCCUCCUUUAUCUCACAACCUGAUCCGAAUACGGCAAGACUGGCCACGUUGAGCUUCGCCGACGCGGACCGUCUCGAAAAUAAGAGCAUAGCAAACUUGCCGUUGCGUAGGACUGGAGCGUUCGGCAAAUCCUCUACGACAAACAUAUCGAUUCAAUUCUCCUACCUUGGCGCUCUACUCAUGGCAAACAUAUCUCAGCCCAUAUUGUCUACCUGUUAUUACACCCUGAACUCGUUUAUCACGCGGAUACAAAUCGAGGAAGAGUUUAGCUCAUACAGUCGCUGUUACAAACCGUUGCGGGUAUCCGACCCGAAGGGUGAUCAAAUCAGCAGCUAUCGCCUCCAGCUGCCUUACAAGUACAGCAUCCCGCUCAUAGCUAUAAGCAUUGUCCUCCAUUGGCUUCUCUCAAGCGCAAUAUUCCUAAACAUCAUAGAAGGCGGGUUUUGGGCAAAUCGCAAGCAGGAUAACUCGAUCGCUUCCAGCUUUGGCGUCUCCGACGGCUCUUACGUAGCCGUUGGCGUGUCUGGGUCCGCAUUCCUCGCCCUGUUCGUCGUUGCUGCAGUACUUUGCAUUUCUCUUGCACUCUUCAGCCUCCGCAGGAUACCGGUUGACAUGGUCUGUGGGGGCUCCAGCUCGUUGGUACUGUCCGCUGCGUGCCACGCCCCUAUCACUGUACAAAGCGACGUGUCUAGUGGCAGCAAUGUGUCCCAGGCAGCGGACGAGGAUGAGCUACAGCUGCCAUCAGACGCCAUGACGGAAGGAGAGGAGAUGGUCUUGCGCCAUGAGAUGGCAACAUCCAAGGUCAGAUGGGGCGCGAUGCCCGCGACUCCCGAAAUGCUGGAAGGUAUAAUGAUAGACUGUGGGGAAGUUAUGGGAUGGAUUGGUUUUCGCUAG